AUGUCUCGCAUAUCAGCCUUACUAGUUGUUCAGUUCUCUUAUUUGAUAUCAGAGAGCCCAAUGGAGCCUUCUGAAGAACCUAGUCAGAUUAGCAAAAAUACCUUUUUAGAAGUUCCUAAUUUAUCUGAUUCUCUUUCUGAAGAUGAAGAAGUUAAAGCUACUUUUAAACCUGGUUUCUCCCCUCAACCUAGGAGACGCGGUUCUGAUUCUUCUGAAGAUAUGUAUCUCGACACUCCAUCUUCAGGUACUAGAAGAGUUUCAUUUGCUGACACCUUUGGAUUUAAUCUUGUAUCUGUCAAAGAAUUUGAUUGUUGGGAUUUACCAAAUAUUUUAACAAAUUUCAACUUAAGAAAGGAGAUUUUCCACCCAGAAGAAUAUGUUUUAUCUCCACUAUUUGACUUGCCUUCUUCAAAAGAUCUUAUGCAACAACUUCAAGAACAGAAAGCAAUAUUGGAGUCAGCUGAGUAUCUUCCUGGAUCUACAAGUGUAAAGGGCAUUAUUCGAGUUUUAAAUAUUUCUUUUGAGAAGUUAGUAUAUGUGAGAAUGUCCUUAGAUGACUGGAAGACACAUUUUGACAUUUUAGCAGAAUAUGUCCCAAAUUCAUGUGAUGGUAAAACUGACCAGUUCUCCUUUAAGAUUUCAUUGGUUCCUCCUUAUCAAAAAGAUGGCAGGAAAGUUGAGUUUUGUAUACGUUAUGAAACUUCUGUUGGUACAUUUUGGUCAAAUAAUAAUGGCACAAAUUAUGUAUUAGUCUGUCAAAAGAAAGAACAAGAACUGAAGCCUGUGAAAUCUUGGGAAGAAUUUCCUAACAGACAAAUAAAAGGCUGCUUAAAGGUGAAAUCAAGGUGA